CCUGACUGACCUUUAGUUGUAGUUGAACAGUCAAGAAAUGGAGGCAGUACAGCAUGUUCUGGGUUUAGACUGGCUCGACACCAGGGCUAUUUUAAUUUUCCUUUUUGUUUUUCUUCUGCUGAGCGACGUUUUGAAGAACUGGAAACCAAAAAACUUUCCUCCUGGACCACUGGCUCUUCCUUUCAUUGGAGAUCUUCACCGCAUCAAACCUGCAAGACUUCACCUGCAGUUCUCAGAGCUUGCAGAGAAGUAUGGAAAUGUUUUCAGCCUUCACAUCUUUGGGGGCAGAGCUGUGAUCAUUGAUGGCUACACACACGUGAAAGAGGCGCUGGUCCAAAAGGGAGAAGACUUUAUGGAUCGCCCCACCAUUCCACUGUUUUCUGAGGUUUUUGAGAAUAAAGGUCUUGUGAUGUCAAAUGGAAAUCCAUGGAAAGUACAGAGGAGGUUCGCUCUUCAUACGUUGAGAAACUUUGGUCUGGGAAAGAAGACAAUGGAGCGAUACAUCCAGCAGGAGUGCCAGUAUCUCACUGAGGCUUUCUCAGAACAGCAAGAUAAGACGUUCAGUGGCCAGGCGCUGAUCAACAACGCCGUUUCCAACAUCAUCUGCUGUUUGGUCUUUGGGAGUCGAUUUGAAUACAACGACAAGCAGUACCAGACUAUCCUUAAGUACUUCAACGAUAUAAUCCUCCUACAGGGAGGUUUGUCUGUUCAGAUUUUCAACUCAAUGCCCGGGUUGAUGAGGUGGCUGCCUGGACCACACAAAAAAUUAUUCACGCUUUUACUGAAGCUGAUUGACUUUAUAGACAUUCAGAUCAAGGAACACAGAGAGAACCUCGACCCGUCGUCUCCAAGAGACUACAUCGACGCCUUCCUCAUAGAGAUGGGAGAGAAAGAGGACAAAGAUUCUGGUUUUGAUCUCGUCAACUUGAGCUCUUGCGUUCUGGAUCUGUUCGGUGCCGGAACUGAAACUACCACCACCACGUUACACUGGGGGCUGCUGUACAUGAUCUACUACCCUGAGAUUCAAGAGCGGGUCCAGGCUGAGAUAGACGUCGUGAUCGGCCCAUCCAGGCAACCCGCUCUGUCCGACAGAGAGAACAUGCCCUACACUGACGCCGUCAUCCACGAGAUACAGAGGAUGGGAAACAUCGUCCCGCUGAAUCUAGCACGACUUGCAAACAAAGACACCACUUUGGAUAAAUACUUUAUCCCAAAGGGAACCAUGAUUUUGCCUUCACUUCACUCUGUCCUCCAUGACGAGUCCAUGUGGGAGACUCCACACACCUUCAAUCCUCAGCACUUCCUGGACCAGGACGGUAAAUUUAGGAAGAGAGACGCCUUCAUGCCUUUUUCUGCAGGUAAGCGUGUGUGUAUCGGGGAGCAGCUGGCCAGGAUGGAGUUAUUCCUCUUCUUCACCUCCCUCCUGCAGAGGUUUAAGUUCUCGCCUCCACCUGGAGAGCAGCCCAGCUUGGAGUUCAAACUGGGAGCGACUCGCAAUCCCAAGCCUUACCGACUCCGCGCCACGCCUCGCUGAGCUGAGCACAGCCUCUCCUUUCUUGUAUUGCAUUAGUCAAAGAAACAACUCUACGAGCUGUCGAUCCUCUGGACAUUAAAAUUAAGCAGUGCAGUGUGUCUUUGCUAUGAAAAAAGAGUAUUAUAUCUCUUUAUGUAAAAUCAGUUUAACAAUUACAAUUGGUCCUGAAAAUUUGUUGACAAAUAAAUGGUGUCGCAGUGUGUUGUAUUCACCAAAAUGAAUAUAUUUUUAUAUAUUACUCAGUUCCAAAAAGCCUCAAACAUGUCAUCUCAUUCAUUUUUAUCCUGGGGCAAUAAAUGCAACAAGUUCCUUUCACUCACACUCACUUCUAAAGUUUCAGUAGAAAUACAUCAAAUGUUGCAUUCCUGUUAUUUCCUAGAAAGGGCAAUACAUUUAAAUGAACUUGGUUUGCACUCUACAAGUACCUGAGCAUUUUGCCUUGUGGCCAGAAACCUUUAGUGAGUUAUGCUUUGAUGAUUUAUUUUGUAACCCGAGUCUCUGAAUCCAGCAUCUCUCUGAUUUCAGUGCUGUAUCUUUGGCUCAUAGCCAAAUAUUACACAUCAAUCCGUACUCUCAUUUUAAAAAUCAUAACAUUUCAUGUUUGCUCAUAUUUGGUCUGUUUUUCUCAGUUGCGGAUUGUAAAAAUAAAUGGGAACAAAGAACCCUUC